UACGUGCAACGCAAACGUGGCUGGCCAGGUACCGACCGGCUGAUAAGAGCCUCUUUCCUCAGUAACGAAUGCGUCAUGACGAUGUUAGGCACGCGAAGGUCUGCUGUCCACUUGGUUUUUCGAAACCCGGAAUGAUCGCGACGAUCUUCUCAUUUCCGUGACGCAAUUACGGGGGUUCCUUUUUUCUCGCACCUCCGCUUAUGAGCCUCGCCUCAUCGGGACUGCACCCGGCUUCGGUCCCUAUUUCGAACCGGUUCCUCUCCCUUUUUUUGUGAAAUUGUGACAUAAGAGCGAUUGUCUGGUUGUGCAGUUGGUUGUUUGCAGUUUGAUUUGUUCGUAUCGUGACAUGUGUUAUUUAUCGUGUGCUGCGAUCACCGUCUCACUGCGAUAGCAGGCUGUUAAUUAAACUUUAAUCGUUUUAAAUCCAGCUCUGUAAAUAGACAACUAUCGUAAACGCGAUACAGCGAGGUAAUAUCUCGCUGGAUACUUGGGUUUAUAAGAAUUACACGAUAAAAAAAAAGUCCGACGUCUGAAUUAAAAAAUUUUGAAAUGAAAAGAUUGUGUUACUGUUGUCGAGGAAUGUUAAUUAAGAUUACAUUAAUCGUCCAAUUUUUCACGAUUCAUCAGCGUGCGGCGGUUUCAUGUACUCACGUGCUUUUACAUAUUACAUAUUGAAACGUCGCUUACAAUCCUAUAUUUAUUCAGUAAUUUGCUUUGCAGAGCAUUCAACGUUAAUUCAAAAUUAAUUUCUUUAUCAGAGGAAGUUACUCGGGAAAUCUUGUGAAAGCAUUUAUUGACAAACUCGUUUACGUUAAUGUACUUUAUAUUGACUAUCUUUUAAUAAUUAUUGGUAAUUGAUCUCGAAAUUACUCGGCAUCCUGAAACUUUGACGCUGAUCGCAACACUUCAAUUUCGGCCGCGAGCUCGUUCGAUUUAGAGAUGUGCGAAUUUUACUCGAAUCGAUUUGAAUCGGAAUUAUUCGAAAAUUUCAAAUAUAAGAGGUUCGAAUACGAGUCACGUAUAUCAACAAUUUUAUAAAAUUACAUUUAAAAUGACUUUAUAACAUGUAAUAAAUAUUUUUCUUACUUAUAAAAAUCUUUUGUUAUAAUCUAUAUAUUAAUAUUCAACUUAACACACACACAAUAAUUAUGUUGUUAAUUAAAAAUUAGAUUUCAGCGUUUGGAUUCAAACCGGUGUCAAAAACCCUGGUUCGCACGUUUCUAGUUUGAUUGCAUAAUUAAUCGCAAUACAAAUCACUUAUCCGCGAAGUGUAAUCAAUUUUAGGAACAGCCGCGAAUUAAUGAAUGUGCGAUACGAGAUAUGUUUGAUGUUUGAACAAGAACCGCGAUCUGAUUAAAGUGCACCAGCUAGACGACUGCGAGUCCUGAAAGCGCAGCGACAAAGCGCCGGAUAUUUUCACGGACGAAGAUGUAGACCUUUCCGAUUAAUUUUCGAGCAGCCGCAACUGUUCGGGAUCGCGCAUCGAGUAAUCGCGCAAGAAAUGAUCGCGGGACGAUCCUCCGAGCUCGCGGCGAUCGUGCGGUGUACGUCAGAGGACGUCGGCAAGUGAAGUGCAUUAAUCGGAGGGGGUGGUCCCCGCCGAGGAUACCUAAAAAAUAGGCGGCGCGGUCCUGCUUGAGAUGGACUCGGUGGCGGUGACGGUGCCGCUUCGUCAGCCGACGAAGAAGAUGAAGAAGCGGAAGGAGCUCGACGCCCUGGCGCCGGCGCACGCCAUCUCCCGCCGGAGUUCCGGAAAACGCAGCUCGCAGGAAUUGUUGACGGACAGCAGCGACGAUCGUUCGGAAUAUUGGAACGUUUCCACCAGAAAUGGGCGCAAGUGCAGGGGCAGAAGGGGUCGCGUUUGUCCUGGAUUCCUUAAGGCUUGCAACGCCUUUUUGGCGUGUGCUUCCGUAUUAGCGACCGCCAGUCUGAUAUGGUUAUUCAUCGACGUUCGUCAACAGCUUGCCGCUCUGCGAACCGAGUUAGACCAAGUGAUAGCGGGCAGCGAGGGUGUUCCGGACGCUCUGCAAAAAUGUCACUCGUUGUCGAGAGAUCUCCAGAAUAACCAAACAAUAAUUUUCUCCAGGCUGUCCGAUCUCAAGCAGCAGAUAAAUAAUUUUACGGUACAGCUGGCGCAUAUUCAACAAGAUCUGCAUAAAGUACAGGAGUACUUUCAAGCCGCGCCCGAGAUGGCCAAUUUGCCGAAACGUCUGGACGAGUUGUCAACCAGCGUUGCAACGUUUGGCAGUCAAAUAAGGGAUCUCGGGGCUACGGUGAACACCCUGAAAGAGACGAACAUGAAGGUACAGGAUACACAGACCAUCAUGCAACAAAACAUCAGCAGUAUUAAGCACACUAUGUUGGAAUUGUCAAACAUCACUCAAAAACCUCAAAUACUGAGCACCGAUGAAACGCAAGUUAAGACUGAUAAACUAAACCUCACAAUAUUGCAUUUAAUGAACAAUUUAACGCACGUCAACGAGACCUUGUCGAGCAAAUUACAAUGGGUCGCCGAUGAUCAGGACAAGGAUCGCAAAAAGUUGGUUUCGCUUCAAGAGGCAACAGCGGCCAUUAACACAACAAUGAUGUCCUUGCAAGGGGAAUGCGUUAAAAUGACUGAGCAGACUUCCGUUCUAGCAUCGAUUCAGCAAUUAACAGAGAAAAUGAAUGAGAUACGUGCAACGGACAUGGAACUAAUUGGCAAGUUCAAGCAAUUGGAACAAUCUUAUACUGGACUAAAGAACUCCACCAGCAUAAUGUUCGCGACUAUGACCGAUAUGCAAAAUCAACAACAAGUCAACAAGAACAAGCUAUCGGAAUCGUUGAAUGGGGAUAUGACAACGGAGAUGAAUCGCGGUGCGACAGAUGUAAUUGACAUUGCUCAGAGAAGGAAUGACAGAAUGUGGCGGGAGCGUAGUUUCAACGAGGUAUAAAGGAGCUUGGAAGAAACUUUUGCAUUUAAGAAGAGACUUUUGUUUGGCUGAAAGUCGCAAUCUGAGAAGCUGUGUAUUUGUAAAUACUAAUAAAUUAAGCACACGUUACGCAUGUACAGAGCAAAAUACUAUUAAUGAUAUCGCGAUAGAGCGAUAAUCGCGCAACUGACAUGUGGAUUGCGCUGAGAAGAGAGACUAUCGUGAGCGUGCCGUGGCCUGAAAGAAGCUAUUUAUGCCGAGCAAUAAUUUAAAGCGUAUAAAGAUUAUUGUUAGUGAGACGAAUGUUCUGUAUUCGACCUAGACUAGACACGUCAAUUCCUAACAAUAUUAAACGCGAUUAUAACGAGAAGAAUAUUUCGGGAAUACUAUAUGGAAAGUACAAAGUCGACAGCCGUCUCGAAACGCAUUCUCGGUUGUACAAUGUCUAGGAAAACGAUUAUAUUUAAGUAACGGCAGCGUAUACUGAAAGUUUUCUACUCUUCUACAUUUUGUAGCGUUAAUACGCUAUAUUGUACAUUUCUCCGAGUUUUCUGAUGUGAAACAGUAGAAUUCUUCAGAACCACAGGGAAAACUACAUAUAAAUAACGUGAUUCAGGAUAUGUAAAUACAAUACAAUAUUGUUUAACGACUAACAGGCAGUGUGAUAAAACAAUAAAGGAGUAACGAUCGCACAUUCUAACUGCAAAGUCGAUUAAGUUUGGUUUGCGCAGUUGAGAAACCAAGACAUUGGCCGUAUGUUCCAACUUUUAGCAACACGUGCACCAUCGUUGAAUGUACAGGUUAAAUGUGAUGGUUACAAAGGAUGUUAAUCUUUCUCUGCAGGAAAUAACUUUCCGUUGCAGAUUAUAGUAUUGUAGUAGCUUGAUCAAAUUUUUUCAACAAAGAACGAGCGUUAUUUUUGUAUGCAUCGAGGGUGGCGUUUGAGAAAAGGGCGAAUCGAAGUAAUCGGAGCUUUUCGCGCGAAUAAAUUUGUUUUCCAUCAAACCCUUACAUAACAGUAGACAGCGAAUGUACACGAGAAUUAGCCGGUAUUCGCACGUAAUUAUUUCGUACGACCACACAGCAAAAUUUCAACGAAUGCGUACCGACAUCUCGUUACGACGUAGCGUGCGAGAAAAUCAUCGAAUAAAGAUCAAUUUUUCGAAAUAUAUUGUGAAAUACAUUUUUCAAAUAUAUUUUGAAAUAUAUUUGGCUGUACAUUCGUGGAACUUAGGAGGGAUAAUCACGUGCGAGUAUGCGAUAUAAAUCAGCUACAACAAUACCAAAGUGAUUAAUAAAAAAAGGAAGGUAUUUAAAAA